UCAGUUUUGCACAGGUGUACUGGCUCCUCCCCUUUAGUCUUGCACAGGAGUACCGGAUCCUCCCCUUCAAUCUUGCGCAGGUGUAUCAGCUCCUCCCCUUCAGUCUUUCACAAGUGUACUGGCUCCUCCCCUUUAGUCUUGAACAGGUGUACCAGCUCCUCCCCUUCAGUCUUUCACAAGUGUACAGCCUCCUCCCCUUCAGUCUUGCACAGUUGUACUGGCUCCUCCCCUUCAGUCCUGCACAGGUGUACUGGCUCCUCCCCUUCAAUCUUGCAUAGGUGUAUUGGCUCCUGCCCUUCAGUUCUGCACAGUUGUACCGGCUCCUCCCCUUCAGUCUUGUACAGGUGUCCCGGAACCUCCCCUUCAGUCUUGCACAGGAGU